AUGAUAUCCAAAGCAUGUUCAUGUGUAACCAAAUACCCUGGCUGCUCUCACUCUAUCUCUUUUCCUGCAAUACUCACAGUUGAGACUGUUAAAAAUAUACUCACAUCCUCCCAUGAAGCUCAUUCUGAGACCUUCUCUGAGGAUCUUUGUCAGUUGGUAGCAGACACACUUCAGCCUGAUCCGGCGAAGCGCCCGUCUGUCAGCGAGAUCUUGACCAGACCUUUCAUCAUUAAAUAUCUUUUUGAAAAUACAACUGUAGGCAGUCUCACAGGAGGUGUCAUAGGACUGGCUGGAGGAAUCACAUCUGUAGUUGGACUUAUUCUCUCUCUGUUCACACUCGGAGCGUCUCUGAUAGUAACAGGGGUGGGAAUCGGUACGGCAGUAGCUGGAGGAGUAACAGCUGGUGCCAGCAACAUAACAAACAUGGUUAACCAGCAAACAAACCGGCAAAAGAUCAAAAUGCUCAUAAAAGAGUUCCAAGAAAAAAUCACCUCCACAGUGUGCUGCAUCCAAAACAUCCAAAUAGCUGUGGAAGCUUUAGAAAGACAGUUUUCAAGUGAUGAGUCGUUUUUCAAUGCACAACCUGGGGCAAAUGCUGGAGCUCGACUUGGACGAGGACUGGGAGGCAUUCCGGAGCUUUUCCGUUUAAUUGAAGUCAUAAAUGUUGGGAAGGUUGCAGCUCAGGCUGCGAGAGCCGUUUGUGUGGCUGAAGCAGCUACUGGAGUUUUGUCUGCACUUUUUGUAGCUGUUGAUGUCUUCUUUGUUUUUCUCGACUCCAGAGAAAUUCACAACAUCCGCCAAGAUUACGCUUUAAGAGAGAAUCAACGAAAAUUAGAAUCUACCAGCAACCAAAGCGCUGGGUUGACUGAACAGACGUCAAAUAACAGCGGCACAACAAACCUGGUGCCUUCAAACACUCAACAGGCAGAAGAGCUGAAGUCUGAGACCAUGAAAUUUGUGACAAAAAUAAAGGAGACGACAGAGGAGCUUCAGAAGAUUCUGGAUACGCUACGAGAUGCACUGCAGCCAAACUCUGAGCUGCCAAACACUGAGAACCAAAACUGUUAG